UUUCCUUCUUCCUUUUUCCCCUCUCUGUUUUUAUUCUUUUUCCUUCUUCCUCUCUUCUUCUUUUCUUUCUUCUCUGUCCUCCGUCUGCUCCAUCUCUCUUCCCUCUCUCUCUUUCUUCUUGCUCCAGCUGCCACCACCGAAGCUUCUUCUUCUUCUCCAUGGGGUCACUUCCAUGGCUGCCAAGGGCAAAAACCAGUCCCUACCACUAAACUCCAGAUCUGCCAUGGGGUCGUUUGACCCCAUUGACCCCAUGGUGGAUCCGCCCCUCAUAUAUGCAUGUCAGGUUGUGGCUGUGAAAAAGAUUGACUCCUCACUGUUUCAAGGCUCAGCGACACAAGAAUUUUCUGACAUUGUUGUAAAUAUCUCCAAGAUUCGCAAUGCCAACAUCACCGAACUUGUUGGUUAUUGUUCAGAACACGGGCAUAACAUGUUAAUUUACGAGUACUUCAGUAAUGGCUCGCUUCAUGAAUUCUUACACAUGUCAGAUGACUACAGUAAUCCCCUAACUUGGAACACAAGAGUCAGAAUUGCUUUAGGCACUGCCCGGGCUGUUGAGUACCUCCAUGAAGGCUGCUCUCCAUCCACAGUUCACAAGAAAAUCAAAUGAACUAAACAAUGCACCAAAAAUUGUUAAACGUAGUUGUCAUAUUAAUUGCUCCUAUUUUUCCUUCAAGCUUGAAUUAUAAAUAUAGUCUAUCGCUUCUUUUUAUAUUAAAAAAAUUACUAAUAAUUUGAGGCCAGACAAUAAAUGAACUAAAUAAUGCACCAAAAAUUGUUAAACGUAGUUGUCAUAUUAAUUGCUCCUAUUUUUCCUUUACGCUUGAAUUAUAAAUAUAAUCUAUCCCUUCUUUUUAUAUAAAAAAAAUUACUAACAGACAGUAAAUGAACUAAAUAAUGCACCAAAAAUUGUUAAACGUAGUUGUCCUAUUAAUUGCUCCUAUUUUUCCUUUAAGCUUGAAUUAUAAAUAUGAUAAUCGCUUAUUUUUAUAAAAAAAAACAAUUACUAAUAAUUUGAGGCCAGACAAUAAAUGAACUAAAUAAUGCACCAAAAAUUGUUAAAUGUAGUUGUCAUAUUAAUUGCUCCUAUUUUUCCUUUAAGCUUGAAUUAUAAAUAUAAUCUAUCGCUUCUUUUUAUAAAAAAACAAAAAACAAAAAAACUUUCACUUUUAGAAAAAGCCA